AUGGAUAUAGAGGAUAGCAAGGUUACUAUUCGCUCGACCUGUGAGGCACGCUGCGCUCGCAAGGACCUCGUCCAUAACAAAUUCGGAAAGAUUCUUGGUUUUGAGCCAAGACCAUCUCCAACAGAAGACGAUAUCGUCAAAGAGGCCUCCCGCUGCAUUUUCUGCUACAACCCACCAUGCAAUACAUGCUGCCCAGCUAAUGUCGACGUUAGAGAAUACGUUCACGCCGCAUCAGUUAAGAACUGGUACUAUGCCGGCAAGGUCGUUCUUAGCCAGAACCCAAUGCCACUCUCUACAGGUGCUCUUUGCGCCAUCGAAGAAACAUGCGCUGGUGGCUGCAACUUGAACAACUCCCUUGAAGGCCCAAUCAAGACAUCCAAGAUCCAACAAUUCGCACUCCGCAAGUUCCGUGAGCUCAAGAUCAAGCCAAUAUGCCCACCAUCCAAUGGCAAGAAGGUCGCUAUCGUCGGUGCUGGCCCAGCUGGUAUCUCAUGCGGUGUCUUCCUUCGCCGUCUCGGAUUCCCAGUUACAAUCUUCGAAGCUGACAACUUUGCUGGUGGUCUUCUCAUGUCAGAGCUCAUCCCAACACGUCUUCCAACAGAAGAUAUCGAGUGGGAAGUUCAGAUGGCCAAAGAUACAGGCGUCGAGUUCCAGCUCGGCAAGAGCUUAGGCAAGGACUUCACAGUUGAAGACCUCAAGAAGCAAGGAUACCAGGCAGUCUUCCUCGCUUUCGGCCGUCCAGAAGAAAUCGUUCCAGACUUCCCAUGCGAAGGCGCUCUUACAUCCAAGGACUUCCUCCGCCAAGUUUGCGGCGUCCUCAAGCUCAAGAAUGGCGAGAAACUCCCAGACUUCACAGGCAAGAAGGUCUGCGUCCUCGGUGCUGGUGAUACAGCUAUGGACUGCGCUUCUGCUGCCUCCCGCCUUGGUGGUAACGUCACAGUUGCCUUCCGUAAGGACUUCAAGGGCAUGCGCGCUCACCCAGCCGAAUUACACGAACUCCUUGAACAAGGUGUCGAAUUCCUUUCCCUUGUUCAGCCAACAGCCAUCGAUAACGGCACAAUCACAUUCCGUCUUCAGGAAAACAACAACGGCCAGUACCGCGGCUUAGACGAAUUCAUCACACGCAAGUUCGAUACAGUCAUCCUUGCUUUCGGUGCUAAGAUCGGCAAGCACUCAGAGCUCAUCCCAGGCAAGAUCAACGUCCAGAAGGUCGAUGGCCAAGACAUGCUCUUCGUCGGUGGUGACCUCGCUCAGUCACUCACAGUUGUCGAAGCUGUCAACGAUGCCAGAACAGCUGCCCGCAUGAUCGCUGACUACCUCGGCGAGAAGCGCGAGAUCCCAUGCUUCGAGACAGAAGUCGACCACGUUUCCCUCGAAACAGAGUUCUGCGGCAUGAAGUUCAAGAACCCAUCUGGUAUCUCAUCCGCUCCAGUCUCCGGCACAUACGAGUGCAUCCGCAACUGCUUCAAGGCUGGCAUGGGUUGGGCUGUCACAAAGACAAUCCUUCCAACAAAGGAUGUCAUCCGUGAGAACGACUUCAGAAUUGUCAAGGCUGAUGAGAACCCAGGCCCAUCUGGCUCAUUCUGCAACAUCUGCAUGAUGACAGAGCACACAGAGGAAUACUGGCUCGACACAAUCAAGAAGCUCAAGGCUGAGUUCCCAGACCGCGUCCUCGUCGCUUCCAUCGCUACAUCAGAUUCCAAGGAAAGAUGGCAGAACCUCGUCAAGGAUGUCAUCGCAGCUGGUGCUGAUGCCCUCGAACUCAACCUUUCCUGCCCUAACGAAGUUCACGGAGAAGGUGGCUGCAAGGGUGGCUUCGACACAGAGAACAAGAUCGGUAUGGCUCUCGGCACACACCCAGUCUCUGUCAAGCGUAUUUCCCAGUACGUCAAGGAGGCAACAACAGUUCCAUUCUUCGUCAAGCUUACACCAAACAUCACAGACCCAAUCGACAUUGCUCAGGCAGCUCUCGAAGGUGGCGCUGAUGGUGUUGCUAUGAUCAACACAGUCUCCGGCAUUGCCAAGUUCUGGCCAGAUGGCACACCACUCCCACAGGUCGGCAAGGAGAAAUACGUCCUUUCUGGUGGUCUUUCCGGUGACCAGGUUCGCCCAAUCGCCCUCCGCCAGAUCUCUCGUGUCCACAACAAGUUCCCAGAGAUGCCAAUCCUCGGUAUCGGUGGUAUCGGCUCUGGCUACACAGCUCUCCAGCACCUCUACGCUGGUUCAUCCGUCUUCCAGAUGUGCUCUGCCAUCCAGAGAUUCUCAUACGACAUCGUCCGCGAAGUCAACGCUGGCCUCCAGUUCUACCUCUACUCAUGGAGCCGCCCAGAUCUCCGCGCUCGUCUCUCUCACUACACAGAGAUGAAGACACUCCCAAUCCAGGUUCCAAUCCCAGAGGAUACAAAGCAGGACCGCAAGGUUCCAACACUCGCCGAACUCCGCGGCUUAGGCGCUAAGUACGUCGUCCAGCGCGAGUCCUUCGAUAUCACAUGGACACUCCACGCCGAAAUCGAUGAUGCAACAUGCUUACAAUGCGGUAAAUGCGCUCUCUCCUGCCGCGAUAACUCUGUCGAGGCCAUCCACCUUAUUGAUGGCAAGUGGAAGGUCAACCACGAUGAGUGCAUUGGCUGCGCACUCUGCCACUCCGUCUGCCCAGUCCAGGCUAUGCACAUGGUUGAGUCCGAAAAGAGAAAGAACUGGCACCACCGCUCUGAUUAG